AUGUCUGACCAGCUAGAAAUCAAAGAUGCUUACUCGAUUGACGAGUCGUCGUUUCCCUACCUGUACGAGCAGAACGUCGCAGUGCCGCUGAAGACAUCCUCAAAAGGCAUCAUUCGAUGCAACGUGUACCGGCCGAAGUCCACGAAGGAGGGCACGAAGCUUCCUGUGCUGGUGACGUACGGACCGUAUGGAAAGGACAUCCACUACAAGGACUUUCACGGAAAGUCGUUCGCCGAAGUCAACCCCGAACAUCACUCCGAUCACUCAGCAUGGGAAACGCCAGACCCAGGUUUCUGGACGAAGCACGACUACAUCAUCGUGCGCGCCGACGAACGUGGCUUGGGCCAGUCUCCAGGCUUCUUGGAUACCAUGUCGCGAGGAACAAGCGAGGCUUUCUUCGAUGUCGUCGAAUGGGCCGCUGAGCAGCCAUGGUCUUCUGGAAAGGUCGGCCUACUCGGUAUCAGCUACUAUGCUGGAUCCCAGUGGCGUGUGGCAGCGCGCAAGCCCAAGGGAUUGGCUGCGGUUAUUCCCUGGGAGGGUAUGAGCGAUUACUACCGUGAUCGAUGCCGCCAUGGAGGUAUCUUGAGUAACAAGUUCAUCGAUUUCUGGUGGAAUCGCCAGGUCAUCACGAACCAAUAUGGUCGCCCAGGUCGUGCCGAGCGCAAUUGGGGACCGGACACCGUCGAUGGUAACCUCUCGGAAGAAGUGCGCGCAAAGAACCGACAAGACCAGACGAUCGAUACCGCCGCAUUCAAGUACCGCGACGAAUUAUACUAUGCAAGCAAAGAGUACGACAUGAGCGACAUCGAAGUACCGCUGCUCUCGGUCGGCAACUGGGGUGGCAUUCUGCUCCAUCUCCGCGGAAACAUCGAAGGCUACGCACAUGCCGGUUCUGAGUUCAAGUACCUACGGAUGAUCACGGGAAGGCACGACUUGCCAUUCUACUACAAGGAGGAAGUGGAGAUACAGCGAAGCUUCCUCGAUGCUUUCCUCAAGGGCGAUGACAGAGUUGGGUGGUCUGUCAAGGGCAAGCUUCCUCCUGUUGACAUGGUCCUGCGUAAAGGCGACAUUGGCUUCAACGACGCCGAGAAAGAAAAGGUGUAUGAACGACGAACGGAGAACGAGUGGCCCAUUGCACGAACACGUUAUUCGAAGUUCUACCUUACGCCAUCCCAGACUUUGACGCAAGUCCAGCCCAUCACCAACAGGCCACAGAAGCUGUCGUACGAGGCGCUUGGCACCCUCGACAACCCCAAGCUUCUCCAGUUCACCACUGCGCCAUUCGAGGAGGACACUGAGAUCACCGGCCACAUCGUCGCACACCUGAACGUCUCCCUCUCAGCGCACUCCAACGGUGUAACGCCAUCCGACAUCGACCUCUUUCUCACACUACGCUACAUCUCGCCCGAAGGCAAAGAAGUCUACUACACCGGCACAGCAGGCGACCCUAUUCCGCUCGCCAAGGGUUGGCUGCGCGUCAGCUUCCGCAAGACCAAUCCAGACCAUCCGAAGCACCGCGAGUACCUCCCAUGGAGAGACUACUUCAGCACAGAUGUGCAGCCCGUCAUACCCGGCGACGUAUAUGCCGUGGAUGUGGAGGUCUGGCCGACCAACGUCAUCGUUGAGAAGGGUGGCAAGAUCGUGUUCGAGAUCAGCAGCGGUGAUACACAAGGUAGUGGUAUCUUCCAACACAAUCAUCCGGAGGACAGGAGCGAGGAGAAGUUUGCGGGAUGGAAUCAUUUGCAUUUUAGCGAGAAGGCUGUGAACUAUGUCACUCUGCCGAUUGUGCCACCUCAAUAG